AUGACGUACGGUCCGAGUGUCGAGGACGAUGAUGGCGCGAUAUUUGCCGGUCUUCGCCUGGCGCCUGAGGCUGGUAAAGGUGAACAUGGCCAGAUGCAUGCUCAGCAUUGUGUGCCCUGCAUGAACGCUGGACUAAGCUUCACAUUGCACAAGCGAGAUCCCUCACGAAGCUACUAUGCGAGAAACUCAGAUGCGAGAUUUGCCAGGUAUCUCGGCUGCAGGCUGGUGCGGCGGGAGCAUUUGAUAGGCGGGAUAUUGUUAGGUCAGCCGCGCUGGCUGCACAGUGGGCGGCGCUGGAGGAGAUUGCAGCAGGCAGCGCGGCUUGGUUCUUCCGUACUGUGCUUGGCGCGGCGUGAGCGUGGCACUGUGAUGAUCGGAGCCGGGGAUUUGUGUCGCUUAGCAGGCUGUUUCCGGACGGUGGUGUGCCGGAGGAGCGGGUUGGGGGACGUCAUUUGCGGCAUGUUUCAGAUGCGACGAGUUCUCGCGAGCUGGUGGAGAGAGGUGGUGCAGAGGAGUGCUGGUGCAGCGCGGGCGCCUGCCUCGCGGGCGCCGUCCAGCGAGGAAGGCGCGGCCAGCAGAGGGAAGGAGCUGCUCAGCAGCUCAGCUGGGGGCGAUGGGCAGGCCAUCGCUCCCGUGCGUUGCAAGGCCGGUCCGGAGUGCGUCGAAACGGCCACACAGCUGGCCACGGCCAGCGCAGGUACAGGUACAGGCAUCGGCUGCGCUGUUCAACUGCCACCGCCAGGCCGCGCUACGGCAUCGGCAGGGGGCGCUGCCAGGGGCCGCGGUGGCGUAGGAGCCUCGAUAGCGUGCGGUUGGCUGGGCUGGGAGAGCCCCGUUUCAUGCGUUUCGUUCCACCGGGCCAGGCCGCCGAGUCAUUGGCUGCCGGCCACGCCGCUGGGCCCAGCUAUUAUGCGCCCUCAUCCUGUCCUUGACCGCGACUGCGUGCGGACUGCUACACGGAGGUUUUUUCCUUCACACAUUCGUUUCUUGGGGCCCAACGGCUGUUCACUCGUUUUGACAACGUGCCGUCGUGUGCUUUUGGUCUCUCUUUACUGGCUUUUGCGACUUGGAAACAACCCGACCCUGUUUGAGCACCACUUCGUUCCUCGAUAUCUCGCGACCCGCAUCUUCUCGCCUGGGAAAGCACACCACCUGGACCGGUCCGACAUUCAUUCAUAG